AUGUCCAUCGCCCCCGAUCACACCGACAGCAGCGUCACCGAUCCUUCUUCGCUCAUCUCACCAUUCGUCGAGAAGGAUGCGCAGGCGACGAUUAGAACGGGGGUGCAUGUCAGUUGGUCGGCGGCCAGUGCGGCUUGGUGAGUCACCACACUCCCCAAGAUGAUUCCUCCGUCUUUUCGGUAAUCUGGCGCAAACUGAUUAAUGAUCUUGCCGCUCUGCUGUGUCACUGCGCCAUCGUCGUCGCUCCCUGCCAACCGAUGACCCCCACAUGAUUUUCGGCCGCUCCUCCUCGUCCCCUCUACGGAAAAUUGUCGCCGCAUCAGGCUUUCGCUCCUCGGCAUCCCUCUCAUCUUCUUCCCUCGCAUCCUCUCCAUCGUAUUCGCCAAAGCGCUGACGACCAACACCGUGACCGAUGAAGUCGAGACCGAGGUGAUCCGUCAGCUCAACCCGCUUGAACGUUCCAUGGCCGGAUUGGCGGGAAUGACCCUCUUGGCUCUGGCUAGCUUGCUGCUCAUCCAGGUGAGCGGAUUCCACACUGCCCCAGUCAAGAGGACUUACCCGCUGAGUAAUUCAGUAACCUCGUUCUCACUGCAGACCGGUGCGCUUCCCCUCACCUCGUCACUCUCAGCCUCGGCGAGCGUCAUCGAAUCCAACUCGCUCGCCCCCUUCCGUUCUCCGACCAUCUUCAUCGGCGUACUCUUCCUCUCCGCAAUCGCGUACGAGACUUACUACGGUUUGGGAAUGUACCUCGUCGCUGGACCGAGUGCCGGUUUGGGCUUGUGGGGCGUAUGGGCCGUGAGUUCUCAUGGCUUCACGCCCUUCAAUUCAAAGAUGAAAAAUCUUUCAUGCUGAUGUAUCCUUUGAUUUACCGAAUCUAGCUCCUCUUCGCUCACGAAGGUCGCGUGAACCGCGUCGGAGGCUCGAGCAAAGACUCGAGGAGUGAUAUGAAGAAGAAGAUGGACUCGAAGAACCUCUGA